UUGCUAAAACGGCUAUUCUCGUCUACUCUCGAGGCAAGCGCCGCAGCUCACCUCAAACAAGCCUACAGGGUUGGUGUUAUUGGGGAGGAAAAGUAAUGCCGUCAAGGAAACGUGUUGCCCCCUCAGCCCAGUGGGGGGCACUCAUCUCUUUUUUAUUCGUUAUCCCACAUCCUGUGAAGCCUCCGGUGCUGUUUACCUUAGGCUACUUCUAAAUUGAUUUGACCCGCUUUCAAUAUGUUCGCUUAUUCAUAUCAAACAGCUGUCCAUGGGCUGUGUGUGCUUAGCGCCCUGUGGCUGUCUAAUCCUGUAUCGGGGGAGAAGGUGUUAGAGAGCCCCGGGAUGAUCCACGAUCUGCGGGAGACCCUAGCUGAUCUAGCCGGAGAGGGAAGGAGCUACCUGGGCAGGCUGGCCGGGGAGCAGACGCUGCUGUCGGUGCACAAGGCUUUCUCUCAGGUCCUGGGUGUUGUGGCAGGAAGUUUGUCCGGGGGUCUGAACGUUCUCCUACAGUAUGCGUCACACUUCCUGCAGGCUGCUGGAAUCCAAGCUGAGCUCCCCGUCAGCAGAGUGAGCCCAGAGGGGGUGAGCUUUGUUGCCCAGUGGGUGAUCGUGGCUCUCAUUGGCUACUCGCUGAUCUCUUUCGUCUUCCGAUUGGUUGCCUCCACUCUGAGGCGGGCUAUGUGGCUGCUGAAAGUGGGCGUGGCUCUGGUGUGUUUCGGGCUGAUCCUGAGGGACCACAGUGUGGGCACACACACCAUGGUGGUCCGGCUGGCUGUGCUGGUGUGUGUGUGUGUGCUGCUUGGGGUCGGCUCUCUGCAGAGAUCCACGGCAGUCGAUAAGACCGCUCACCUGGAGGAGCAGGUGAAGACCCUGGAGAGACGGCUGAGAGAGAUGGAGAGGUGGAGGAGGACGGAGGAGUGAAAAGGGGACGGGCAGAAGUCCAAUGCCACAUGUACAGACGAUGGAGCGCUGGUGUCUUCUGGACAUUCAGGGCAGACAUUUUUGAUAUGAUUUGUUACUGACACGAUUUGAUUACUUAAUCAUUCCAGGAAGUGGACAUUUCUUAGUCUAGGUCUUUUUGUUUACUGUUUCUCCAAACAUUGUGCCACAGCCUUUAUGUUCAAUGUUACCAUGUUUUAUCCCAACUCAGGAGUGAGAGGAGAAGACGGAUACUCUUCACAUGUGCCUGGAAAUGAUAUCAACGUUUUUAUCCCACUCUUGGAAAGAAAGCUAAUGAGUGAGCUUUACAAAAUAUUCCAAACACUGUUAUCAACGUAAAUAUAUAGUAAUAUACUUUACUUUCAUUUAGGUGAAGACCUUUCUGGCAUUUCUCAUAAUGAGAACAUUCUGGUUGGUUCUACUCUUUUUCUGAUGCAGACUGAUAUACAGAGGAUAGAUCCAAGCCUUCAGUGUUGCUCAUGUACCAGCAUUACCCUUCCUUUUAGUGAGCUCAGUGAUCAGCAGCUCAGUGAUUGUGUCAUUUGUCCUCAGUAAUAUUGUGCCUUCAGAUGAACAGAUUCCAAAUAUCACUGUUAAACUCUUGUAUAAAAAUGUCUUUGGGGAAAUGUUGUAAAAGCCUUCCAGUGGAAAACAAAGCCAAAGACUGGUAACUUUACACUCAGAUGUAUGUGUGCAGCAUUCAAUCAAUGUUCUUUUAUCAUGAAUGCGAUCCGAAAACAUUGUGUCGAUCUGGAGUAUGUGCAGAACUGCAGCAGAGGGUAUAUUACCUUCAGUUAGUGCUUUGCAGAACUCCACAAUUCUCUCAGAAUGGUCAUUCCAACAUCCGAACAGCAGCCGUGUUCUAAUAUUGUCUGAGCAAACUGAAAAAGAUUCUUCCUCGUCAAAAAUCUCAAUGUAAUAAAUAAUAAACACUUGCAUACAAACAUUUAUAAAAUUGAUUUGUGCUGCAUUUAAUAUUGCAUAGCACCAUAUACUGUCUAUACAUAUGUAUGUUAAAUAUAUAUUUCAUUAGGUAAAGUUCUGUCUAAAGUAACACCAGGACCACUGGUUGAAUUUAAAUGUAAUCAUUCGUUUUAUCUCAUCUGUUCAUCAAGUGGACCUUUGUUUUAAAUGUGCAGAUCGGUCCUGAGACACGGCGACAGACGGGUUGAAAACAUGAAUGGGGCAGAAUAACUGUCCUGAGAGGACGUGCUGCUCAGUUCAGAGUUGUAGGUGAUCAAUGUCUUUUUGCUCAUGCAUGUGUUUAUACGAGAUGCCUGAAUGAAGCCAGUCAGAGCGAGCACACUGUUCAGUUCCACUCAGUAUUCAGUACACAGUACACUCAAUCUAUGCAGCCUAUCCACUGCCAGCGAGUUUGCCUCAAACAGCUCGGCCCUUUUGCACUGUUUAACAAUUUUGAACAACCUGAGAGUGAAUGACAGUCCUCAUAGGGAACCAGAAAUAACUGGUUCUACAUCAAGUGGUUGAAACCACAGGAAGUUCUGCUGUUAGUUUGGGAAAACUAUGACAUGGGACAUGAAUGUUGUAUCUAAGUAGAAUUUGGCUCCAUGUACAAACUGUAGUGGAUUACUUUGACUGUUGAACGUUUCUGUGUUGUCUGAAUGUACUAGCUGUUGAAAUGUAAGGAUCCAUUCUAAAAAGUGAUGUUUUUAGUUUUCAAAGAGUUAAAGCCAAUGCCAGGAAAAAUAAGACCAUGCACCCGGCUUAAACUGACACAUUUUCCCCCCACAUCCAUUCUUAUGCUCCCAUCCAUCAUCAAUAUCCAAUACUCUUCAUCUCAUCAAACGUCUAACGAUCAGUGGCAUGGUCCUUGCUAUUGAGGUGGCACAACCACUUGUUCUGUCGAGUGUAAAAAUAGUAACACAGGUUCAAACCUAGACUACCUACCCCACCUAAACCAGCAGGCAAAUCACUGUGUAAUGGGAUGAUGUCAAAGCUGUUAUCUGAUGAAGUCUGGGGUGGUUGUGGCUCAGUGGAUAGAGUGCUGGACUUCAAAUCAGGGGGUAGCAAGUUCGAGUCCCACUGCUGUCAGCAUGUCGUUGUGUCCCUGAGACACUUCACCUCAAAUUGCUCCUGUGGGGAUUGUCCACAGUACUGAGUAUGUAAGUGUAUACAGUAAGUCGCUUUGGAUAAAAGCGUCUAACAAAUGAUAUGUAAUGUAAUGAAGUCCCGGAAAUGUGUAAAGUGAGGAGUUAUAGCACUGAUGGUGACAGCUUGUGGAAUCCAAACAGAAAAAGCUGCCUUCUGAAUAUAGGAUUGAGCUGGACAGUGUCUCUCAAUUCACCCAUCCUCUAUUAUACAGUUAUUUCCCAAUGGGUCUAUAUCAGUGUCACAUCAAGUCCUAAUCUUCCUCUAACUGUCUCCUGUACAAUCAUUGUAAUUGUGAUUUUGAAAUUAAACACACUCCAGAAUCUCA